AUGUGCAGUUCCAGCUUCAGCCUCCACAAGUCACCAAUAUGGAGGGUGCUGCGCUUGAGAGCAGCGACCGCCAGCCUGAAGCAGACCGCGGCAUCGCGGCCGACGACGCAGGGCCAUGCAGACCUCGAUUUUUCACUUGGUCAUGUGAACCAGGUUGGCCUACGCAGGGGUGUGAGCUCCCACGUUAGUGCAGCUGCACCGAUCCUGAUCCUUCUCGUCGUCGUGCCAGAAGACUCCCCCUGCACGGCGAUCGAUGAGCGGCGCUUUCCCUUAAGCAGUGGGCACAGAUCCACUCCAGCCGUUGCCAGGCCGCUCUUCUCUUUGCAGAGAGAGGUUCGCAGGUUGUCUAGAAGAGUUUCGCAAUUGUGCGUGUUAUUUAGUUAUCCCCGUCCUUCUUCUUCUCAUUGUUCUAAUAUGGGGUCGGCGGAUGUGUCUUUUUUGUGGUAUUACUUCUUCUGCGCGAAUUAA